UUGAUUUACAUUCGCGCCGCCAGGCGGAUUGCGGCCCAAAACGCGGCGUUGCUCGACCAACUGCGCAGCGCCGCCGAGACGGCCUAUGCCGACGACCGGGCGAUGCUGCUGGACGUGAUGAAAGCCCUGUCACAGUCCGGGCAACUUCGCUAUGACGCACUCCUCCUGGACGAGUUGGAGUUGACCGAGAUCACCCGCCUGAACGGCCUGCUCAACCGUCUCCCGCAGUCGGCGGUUGGCGAGAUUGCCCCGCCGCCCCUCCAGCCGCUGCCGGACAGCCUCGAAGACCUCUACCAACUGGCCGCCGCGCAUCAGGAAGACAUCCGUAUUGCCGAGCAAGGCGUGAGCCGGGCCGAGUCGCAGGUCGAUCUGGCGCGCUACCACUACUACCCGGAUUUCAAUGUGGGACUGUUUUACGCCUCGAUCGGCGAUCCGGAUACCCCCCAGCGGCCGCCGCAGGCAGGCAGGGACGCCCUGGGCGUACGGCUUGGCCUGACCUUGCCGCUGUGGAUCGGCAAAAACCAGGGCCGCGUCAAUCAGGCGCGCGCUGAACGGGCCAGGGCGGAGGCACUGCGGCAGGGCCGCGUCAACGCCUCGCGCACCGACAUCCACGUGGCCUAUUUUCGCCUGCAGAACGCCCAACGCUUGGUCGAACUUUACCAGACCGACCUACUUCCGCAGGCGGCGAGCGCCCUGGAAACCACCGAGGCCUGGUUUCGCGAGGGAUACGCCGAGUUCACCGACCUCAUCGAGGCCCAGUCGACCUGGUACAACUUUCAGUUGACGCUGGCCAGGGCUCAGGCUGACUAUGGCAAAAACUUCGCGCGCCUGGAGGCACUGGUGGGGCAUCCCUUGACGCCGCAGGGGCCGCCGACAGCCGCACCCCAUGAAGGGAGGCCAGGCCCAUGA